AUGGCGGCGCGCGCGGUUCCGGUUCCGGGCGGCGCGGGCAGGCCGGGGCCGGGAAAGAUGGCGGCGGCGGCGGCCGGGCGCGGCGGGCUGCGGCGGGCCUGGGUCCUCUCCGGCUGGGCGCUGGGCCUCUGCUCGCUGCUGGCCUCGGGGGCGCGGCCCGCCGCGGCCACCACCCACUGGGUGGUCACUGAGGAUGGGAAGAUCCAGCAGCAGGUUGAUUCACCAAUGAACUUGAGGAACCCCCAUGAUUUGGUGAUCCUGAUGAGACAAGAAACAACAGUUAACUACCUCAAAGAACUGGAGAAGCAGUUAGUUGCUCAAAAGAUUCAUAUAGAGGAAAAUGAGGACAGAGACACGGGGCUGGAACAAAGGCAUAAUAAAGAGGAUCCAGACUGCAUUAAGGCCAAGGUGCCCUUGGGGGACCUGGAUCUGUAUGAUGGCACCUACAUCACCCUGGAGAGCAAGGACAUCCGCCCUGAAGACUACAUAGACACAAAGUCACCGGUGCCUCCAGACCUGCAGCAGCCAGACUGCACCAAAGUUUUAGAUCUUCCAUACAGCAUCCAUGCUUUUCAGCACUUAAGGGGGGUCCAAGAAAGAGUGAAUCUUUCCGCGCCCUUGUUGCCUAAAGAAGAUCCAAUCUUCACAUACUUAUCCAGGAGGCUGGGGAAGAGCAUAGAGGAAAUAGGCCAUCGUAUUUAUGAUGGGCUAAUGAAGAACUCUUCUUCCUGGGUGCUCUAUAACAUGGCUUCUUUCUACUGGAGAAUAAAGAAUGAGCCAUACCAAGUAGUGGAAUGUGCCAUGCGUGCCCUUCAUUUUUCCUCAAGGCAGAACAAAGACAUUGCCCUGGUAAAUCUGGCAAACAUUCUGCACCGAGCUCACUUCUCUGCAGACGCAGCUAUUGUGGUCCAUGCAGCUCUGGAUUACAGUGACUUCUUCACCAGCUAUUACACUUUGGGAAAUAUAUAUGCAAUGCUUGGAGAGUACAACCACUCAGUGCUGUGCUAUGAUCAUGCUCUGCAGGCCAAGCCAGGCUUUGAGCAAGCUGUCAAAAGGAAGCACGCUGUCCUGUGCCAGCAGAAACUCGAGCAGAAGCUGGAAGCCCAGCACAGGUCUCUCCAGCGAACAUUAAAUGAGCUGAAGGAGUAUCAGAAGCAGCAUGACCAUUACCUCAGGCAGCAGGAUGUUUUAGACAAGCACAAGCUCAUCCAGGAGGAGCAGAUCUUGAGGAACAUCAUCCACGAGACGCAGAUGGCAAAAGAAGCUCAAUUAGGGAACCACCAGAUCUGCAGGCUGGGCAACCAGCAGCACAGCCUGCACUGCCCGUGGGACCAGCCUGUUCGCUAUCACCGUGGAGAGCUCUUUGAACAUGUGGAGUAUGUUCAGUUUGGUGAAGACUCUUCAACUUCUAGUAUGACAUCUCUGAACCUGGAUCCUCACAGGAACCAAACUGACCACAGCCAAUCCUCACAGUCUGCCCCUGUGGCUCGUUCCAUUGUGUCAGUGUGGAGUGUGGAACCCAGCAGAGAAAAACAGCACAUCCUGUGGCCUCAGCGAUCCGAGUGCAUGAAAUCCUACCCCAAAAUCCCUCACCCAGAGGAGCUGCCAACUUACUUCCUGCCUCCUGAAAACAGAGGGUUCAGAGUCCCCCCAGUCCUGAGCAGCCCAAGAGAUCCUGUUGGGCAUGGGGACAGCCAGGCUCCAGACUGUGCUUCCAUCACUGAUGCUCGUAGCAAUGAAUCUCUAAACAUACUGGUGAAGGAACUGGACAGGAAUCUAGAUUUGGAGUUCCAGCUGCCAGAUGAUCAAGCAAGACAAGUUUUGCAUGCUCGUAUCAACAACCAAACUGUUACCCAGGCGAAGAUAGGAGCCUUUCUAGACCAUGCCUUGAAGAAGCCAGAGGACCCUCUGUGGUUUGUGCUGAAUGAAGCUGGACUGUACUGGCGUGCAGUUGGAAACGGCACCUUCGCUAUCACCUGCCUGCAGAAAGCACUGAGUCUGGCUCCACAGCAGUACCAGGACAUCCCUCUGGUCAACCUUGCUAACCUCCUGAUUCAUUAUGGCCUCCAUUUGGAUGCCAGCAAGCUGCUGCUGAAGGCUUUGGCCGUCAAUGCCUCUGAGCCCCUGACUUUUUUGAGCCUGGGAAACGCCUAUCUGGCUCUGAACAACGUCAGUGGAGCCCUGCAGGCCUUCAGGCAGGCACUGGAUUUGACAACCAAGUGCUUGGAGUGUGAGAGCAGCCUGAAGAUGAUCCGCUGCUUGCAGUUUUACCCUUUCCUGUACAACAUCACCUCUCCUUCCUGCACUGGCCACUGCCACGAGAAGAGCCCUGGUGGCAGUCAUGACAAGGAGAAGUACUUUGCUGAGCACCACGUGUCAGAUACAGCAGUGGCAGAGGGACCCUCAGAGGGAGGAGCAAAAGAUCCAGAAGUCCUCGCUCAGAGUUCAGCAAGGGAUCCCUCCUUCUUAAGACUGCAAAAUGCAGUAGCUGCAGAAAGCAACGGUUCAGAAGGCCUGGAGGACUUGGAAGAUGAUCAGAUGUCUGAAGAGAUGCUGGCUUUGGUGGAUGAGUUUGAAAACUCUUGGCCUCAGGAAGCCUUUGAAGGGGCACUGGAGGUGAAGGGCCGCCGCAUGGACCUGCAAGGCAUCCGUGUCCUGAAGAAGGGAGCUCAGGAUGGGCUGGCUAGCUCCUGUUUUGGAGACUGUGCUGCUGAUGAUGAUGAAGCUGAAUGGAUCACUUUUCAGGUCAAGCGUGUAAAGAAACCAAAAGCUGAAAGCUUGGAUCUCCAGGAGCCAGUUGGGAGAAAUGGGGAAGUAAGGACUGAUGGAGCAAGUGAAAACUUCUACCACACUGCCCUGGAGAUCAGUGGACCAAAGAUACCUUCUCCUGGACCAACAGGCAAGAGGCGUGACUACCGCAGCCUUGGCUGGCCAAGCCCUGACGAAUGCCUGAAGCUCCGCAGGGUUGAGCUCACCACUGUAGCCAGCACCUGGCUUGCUGUGUCUGCUAAAAACAUUGACAUUACAGAACACAUCAAUUUUGCCACCCAGCUGCAAGAACCAGCCAUGGAGCCCCUUUGCAACCCGAAUCUACCAGCCAGCAUGCAUACCUUGGAUCACCUGCAGGGUGUCUCCAGUCGGGCUAGUUUGCAUUACACUGGAGAAAGUCAACUGAAAGAGGUGCUACAGAACCUUGGCAAAGAGCAGUACUCACCACAGUCCUUAGAACAGGUUGGGACUCGAAUAGCCAAAGCUUUGGAGAAGAACCAGACCUCCUGGGUCCUCUCGAGCAUGGCAGCUCUCUACUGGCGAGUGAAGGGCCAAGGGAAGAAGGCAAUUGACUGCUUGCGGCAGGCCCUGCACUCUGCACCCCAUCACAUGAAGGAUGUGCCACUAAUAAGCCUUGCAAACAUCUUCCACAAUGCCAAACUCUGGAACGAUGCCAUCAUUGUGGCCACCAUGGCAGUGGAGAUAGCUCCUCACUUUGUGGUCAACCAUUUCACCUUGGCCAAUGUCUACGUAGCAAUGGAGGAGUUUGAAAAGGCAAUGAAGUGGUACGAUUCGACACUGAAACUCCAGCCAGAGUUUGCCCCAGCCAAGAACCGGAUCCGCACCAUUCAGUGUCACCUGCUGCUGAAGAAGGAGCGGCGAGCUCCCUGAGAGAGCAGCACCACCAGCAGCCUCCCUCUGCUUUCUGCACACCACCAUUCUCUUCUCCUGGUCUGCUCUUGGAGUCUGCACAAAGAGACCACUGGAGGAACCAACAACAGCUCUUUUAUUUUUUUCAAAGCAGACUUUGAAAACCAGCACAAAGCAGAUGGGAUUUGGAUCAAGGGUUCUGUUGGUUGGUUUUUCUUCCUCAAAAUACAGGAGUACCUCUGGGGGGAAAAAAACACAAAGCAAUCUUCUUUCACAGACCAUAAUUUGAGAACAUCUGUGUAAAUAUGAAACCCAAGAAGCUUCCAUGAGUCCAUGACCACCUGUACCAGGACCCAGGCACUGUUGGUUUCUCCUUAAUGCUCAGCCUGGCAUCAGCCUUCAAAGCCAACUUGCUUCCUGCCUCACCAUCUCAGUUGGCACAAGUGCACAGCACACUCCCAUCCCAAAUAAACAGUCAGAGGAGAGCAGCAGCUCAGCCCUGUGAAGCUCAAGCUUUGUUCAGCUUUCUUCACUCCAUACCAUGUCACCUGCUUUCUUUGGGCAGGAGCGGGACAGGAAUGGCAGCAUUUAGCAAAGCCAGGACCAUCAAGUGGUGGGGGAAUUGUUUCUUUCUGUUGGGUGUGGGAUGAGAAGGAGGGAGAAGCAGGACCCUAAAGCCAAAGUGGGUUUUAAUCUUACUUGAAGGAGACAAAACCCCCACACUGCAAUCACUACAGAGCUCCAACAGAUGGUGAGUAUGUGUCUGUGUACUCCUGGCCCUCUGUCUCCCUGUAGGGUUGAUUUACCAAUUCUUUGUCUAGGGUGCUUGCAGCUGUUUCUGACUGAGAUGCAGGUUUAUGCUGGCUCUGAGCUGUACUUCCAGCUGAGGAGGAGGAGGAAGGAGGCAGUGUCAAAAGAUCCACAGCCAUUCAGUCAGGUGGAAAAUUUAAUUGGGUUCUCUGUUUGGUGAAGGAUUUGAUUCUCCAGAGUCAUUGCUGAAUCCACAAGGGCACAUAUUUAAAGUACAAUAAAUUGUUUAUGACUGAA